AGCGAAUCGAGAGAUAUUGAAAAAUGAAUAGUGGUUGGAUUUAAAUUGAUCAGGCGUGCAAAAGUGUCAUUACAUAAUUUUUACGGAAUAUUAUCGAGAAAUGAAUUAUCUACACAGAUUGAAGACAUCAGGACUACGGACAAAGAAUUAUGGGGUGAUGGAAACCUUACCUUGUGCAUCCACUGAUGGGCUUAUACAAGUGAGGAAUGAAGAUGGCCCCAUAGUGCUAGCUCAUCUUAUACAAGUGAGGAAUGAAGAUGGCCCCAUAGUGCUAGAUCAUCAACAUCUCUAUCAACAAACAUUGGUGAAGUCAGGCCAGUGUGAUGUUACUAUUAUAGUUGGUGAUCAGGAGCUGAAGGCACACUGGAGUGUUCUGCGGAAGUACCCAUUUUUUGAAGGCCUCUACAACAGUGGAAUGAAGGAAAGACAGGAAGGUAGAGUCAAUAUUGGAAUCGGAGAGUCUGAAGCUGUACGAGAGAUAAUGUGCUUCAUGUACACAAGUCAAAUCAGCUUAAUGAGGAGCAACAUACAGGAUGUUCUAGAACUUGCUGACUAUCUUCAGUUGGACAGAUUGAGAACCAUGUGUUUUGAUUACCUGAGAAGAAAUGUUUCACCUUCAACAUGUGUUACACCUUUCUUUGGCCACUAGGUACUCUGCUGAUAUCUAUGAUGAAUUGCUGAUGUACUUUUGGGGGCACAUUCCGCAAGUGCUCCGUACACAAGAUGCACUUGAACUACCGCUUGAUAUUCUCAGGAAAGUUGUUAAGAAACCUUGCCUGAGUUAUGUUUCAAGGGCAUUACUUUUCCAGUUUUUGGUGCGAUGGGUGGAGCAUUGCCCAAAGGAACGAGAAACAUACUUUGAGAGCAUGUUUUGCAGUUUGGAUCUCUCAAAAAUGGGCUAUUUAUUUUGUAAAGACUACGUUGAAACAUGCAAGUAUGUGCAGAAUUCAAACACCUGUAAGCAGUGGUAUGACAAAUCAGAUCAAAGCAUACCAACUAGCUGUGAAGCAAAUGCAAUAAUUAUUCUUGGUGGCUUGGAUAAAAAUAGCUCAGGGACUAAGGAAGUAUUUGUGUAUCUUCUUGAUGAGCAGCGCUGGGUACGUAUUGCUGACAUACCAUGGGAAGUAGAAACUCCAAGUCUAACUUACAAUGCCAGCACUAACUGUUUACAUGUAUUUGAUAGACUUUAUGGGACCUGUUUGGAUGAAACAACCAGAUACAAUAUUAAGUGUUAUAAGUUCAGUUUUGGGAUGAAUGAAUGGUCAAGUGAUGAGCUCUUCAUUAGCAAAAGUGCAUCCGAAUCUUUGACUAUUUCCAAGGUAAAAGAUGUUUUAUUCCUUAAUGCUACAGGCAAAUGUUGCGUGGUUGCCAUGUGUAAAGAUAAGACCAACCCCAAAGCCUCUCACGUAUGUGUAAGCAUUGGGAACCAUAGUAGUUACAAUCCCUUCAAAGUUAUCUGUUCUGAUGUCGGUUCAGAUAUACAAACCUGUAUUGUGAAAGAUAGAUAUGUGUGUAUAAUUGUAUUAGUUCUACCCACACAAGGCCACUAUGAGAAAUUAGAUUGCAGGGGUUUGCAUCUGUUGCUCCUAGACACUAUGGUUGAAUGUGAGGUCAGCAUUGAGCGUUACUCCAUUGCA